UCUAAACACAACAUACAUGAACAUAGCCUCAAAAGUUAAAAAAUUUUCCUUUGAAACUUACCACAAAAACAGUACCUAGCAGCAUAAAUUUGGCAGUCCUAACAGUAGGAUGAGUUGUCAAAAGGGUAGUACCGUCCGUACCAGGCCUCAAAAGUACAAAAACCGUAGCGUUUUCAAAAAUUCGCUGCACGACACGAGCCAAAAAACCAAAUCCAUAAAUUCCACUCAUAUUUCGCACGUUUGCCAACGGUGCAAGGAAAUCAUCGAGUGGAAAAUCAGGUACAAAAAGUACAAACCUUUGACUCAGCCUAAGAAAUGCGUCAAAUGCGAACAGAAAACUGUAAAACGAGCUUACCAUAUCAUGUGCGAUCCUUGCGGACAAAAGUUGGGUGUUUGCUCCAAGUGUGACAAAUCGAAAGAGGUAAUUGAAGCUCCGCCCAGUGAAAAGGAACAAUUUCAAUUGGACGAGGAAAUGAAGGAAAUGCUCAAAUCUUUACCUGAAAGGAAACGACGUACUUUCCUUCGCUACAUGAAUAAGAGUAAGGAAGAAGAAAAAACUGACCAAAAAGAUGAUAUUUUGAAGAAACUGAAUGAGCUGAAAGUUAAUGAGGAGGAGGAGGAUGAUGAUGAGGAGGAUGAUGAUGAUGAUUUUAGUGAAUAAAAUUUUAAUCCAA